AUGAUUACUGUGAGAACUGUCAUGGCUAUUGCAGCUCUUAAGCAUUGGCCUCUUUUCCAGAUGGAUAGCAAACAUGACUACUCAUUAUUCACUAAAACUACUAAUGGUGCUUUUGUGCUCAUACGUGUAUAUGUAGAUGAUUUUCUUGGUACAAGUAAUGAUUUGGCAGAGAUACAAUCAGCCAAAGAAGCUCUGCACAAAAAUUUUAAGCUAAAAGCUCUUGGAGAACUAAGAUACUUUCUAGGUAUUGAGUUUGCUAGAUCAAGUGAGGGCAUCAUAAUGUCACAAAGAAAGUACACCUUGGAGAUGAUAUCUGAAGCAGGACUUUCAGGUUCAAGGCCUAAAGAAUCUCUAAUGGAACAACAUCUAAAGCUAACUAGUGCAGAAUUUGAUGAGCUAAUAAAGACAGAAAGUUCUGAUGAGUGUUUUAGUCAGUUUGUGCAUGCACCAAAAAUGUCACAUUAUGAAGAAGCUCUACAUGUAGUGAGGUAUGUCAAGAAUCAACCUGGACUUGGACUCUUAAUGUCAAGAACUGGUGUAGAAGAAAUUGUGGCAUACUGUGAUUCAGGUUGGGCUUUAUGCCCCACGUCUAGGAAAUUAGUUACUGGUUUCUGUAUCAAGCUAGGAGCAUCACUUAUCUCCUGGAAAGAAAAGAAGUAG